AUGAGUAAGUCCACUACAAUAUUAAAUUUUUUCAAAAGAAAAAAUCUAAAUAAUUCCGAAGUCAUAGCUGAUGAUGCAAGAUUGCCAACCCCUAGCGUUGAAUCCGUUGAUGUCCCAGUUUCUGAAAAUCUCCAAACUGAAGUUCCAAAUGUCACCAUUGACGAAAGUACAGGUUUUGUGCGUGAUCCUGGAAUGCGUAAGCAAAUAUGGGAAUAUGAUGCUAAUGAACGAGAUGAAAUUCGAAGAGUUUACAUUAAUCUUGGUCCAUACCAACCUAAACUAGAAGAGUACAAGAAAACUAAAUUUGGAAGGCAUUCUCGUAAAUUUAAACAUUCAUGGUUUGCAAUUGAGGAAUUUAGUCCAUGGCUUGAAUAUUCACCUAGUAAAGAUGCUGCUUUUUGUCUACUGUGCUUUCUCUUUGACAAGCCAACUGGGAAUUCUAGGAGUCAUGUAUUCACUAAAGAUGGAUUUCGGAAUUGGAAGAAAGUUAAUGAUGGAAAUAAUUGUUCCUUUUUGAAUCAUAUGGGGAAAGAACCUAACUCUUUUCAUAGAGCUUCCGAGCAAGCGAUGACAGAUUUGAUGAACCAGUCUCAACACAUACAAAAGGUACUUGAAAAUUUCAAUUCUGAUCAAAUUGCAAGCAAUCGAUUGCGGUUAAAGGCCUCAAUUGAUGUUGUCAAAGUGCUUGCAUUUCAAGGACUUGCUUUUAGAGGACGAGAUGAAAGUUCUGAUUCAAUUAAUCGUGGGAAUUUUCUUGAAAUAUUGGAUUUGGUGGUAUCAUAUAAUGAAUAUGUUGCAGAAGCGAUAGAGAAAGCUCCCAAAAAUGCCUCUUACAAAUCACCCAAAAUCCAAAAGGAAAUUUUACAUGUAUUUUCAAACAAGGUGAAGAAGGCAAUUCAUGAAGAAAUUGGUGAUGCAAAGUUUUGCCUAAUUGUUGAUGAAGCUCGUGAUGAGUCAAUGAAGGAGCAAAUGGCUAUUGUUAUAAGAUUUGUAGACAAAGAUGGUUUUGUUUGA